GGAUCCCAGCUCGAAGCAUCUGUCUGUGCACGGAGCCCCUGACCCCUCCUUGAGCCACCCUGUGCAAAGCAGCACAGGAGCCAGCCAGUGCCGGCGCCCGGAACAGGGCUCUCACCGCCGCCUGCUGAGCGCACCGCUGUCCCGCCGCCCGCAGCCUUCGGUCGCGUCUCUGCGAAGGGACAAGGACCUCGCCCCCAAGGACCUCUGAAGAGGCGGGAUUUCUCCGGGAAGGGGAAGCAGGAUUUUCCUGUGUGGCUUGGAGAUGAGGCAGGUAUCUGGAGUGGGGUUCCUCCUGGGGCUGAUGGCUCUCCCAGUGGCGCUGGGACAGAGAAGCUCGGGAAGCUCUAUAAAUAGCAGCCAGCAUCAAAGCUUUGCCAUCGUCUCUUUCGAAUGGGAACACGUCAAGGACCCUUAUGUCAUUACACUCUGGAUACUUGUGGCCAGUUUGGCCAAAAUCGUUUUCCAUUUGUCCCACAAAGUCACUCGAGUGGUUCCAGAGAGCGCUCUGCUGAUCGUUCUUGGGAUUUUUCUUGGUGGCAUUGUAUGGGCAGCAGACCACAUUGCCUCCUUCGCCCUUACACCAACAGUAUUUUUCUUCUACCUGCUGCCCCCCAUUGUUUUGGAUGCUGGAUAUUUCAUGCCAAACAGACUGUUCUUUGGAAAUCUCGGUACCAUCCUCUUGUACGCUGUAAUUGGAACAGUCUGGAAUGCUGCUACAACUGGUUUAUCUCUGUAUGGUGUCUACCAGACAGGAAUAAUGGGCCACCUGAAUACUGGACUGCUGGACUUCCUCCUGUUUGGCAGCUUAAUUGCCGCUGUGGAUCCUGUAGCUGUCCUGGCAGUGUUUGAAGAAGUCCAUGUCAAUGAAGUUCUAUUCAUCAUUGUUUUUGGAGAGUCACUUCUGAAUGAUGCUGUAACUGUGGUGCUGUACAAUGUGUUCGAAACUUUUGUUAAAAUAGGUCCAGAGAAUGUGACGGGGAUUGAAUGUGUCAAAGGCAUAGUGUCAUUCUUUGUGGUGAGCCUGGGUGGGACGCUGGUUGGCAUUUUCUUUGCAUUCCUGCUCUCGUUGGUCAGUCGUUUCACCAAGCAUGUGAGAAUCAUUGAACCUGGAUUUGUGUUUAUCAUUGCCUACCUGUCCUACCUCACAGCAGAGAUGCUUUCUCUUUCUGCUAUCCUUGCGAUAACUUUCUGUGGCAUCUGCUGUCAGAAAUAUGUAAAGGCUAAUAUAUCUGAACAAUCUUCUACAACUGUAAGAUACACCAUGAAAAUGAUGGCCAGUGGAGCAGAAACUAUUAUCUUCAUGUUCCUGGGAAUUUCAGCUGUAAAUCCAGCAAUCUGGACUUGGAAUACAGCUUUUAUUCUAUUGACUUUGGUCUUCAUCUCAGUAUAUAGAGUUAUUGGUGUAGUUUUACAGACAUGGAUUCUUAACCACUACAGAAUGGUCCAGCUGGGGAUAAUAGACCAGGUGGUGAUGUCAUAUGGUGGACUACGUGGAGCAGUUGCUUUUGCUCUGGUUGUACUUCUGGAUGACGACAAAGUGAAAGAGAAAAACUUGUUUGUCAGCACAACUAUCAUUGUUGUGUUUUUUACUGUUAUUUUCCAGGGACUGACUAUCAAGCCUUUGGUACAGUGGCUGAAAGUGAAGAAAACUGAACACAGAGAGCCAAAACUGAAUGAGAAACUUCAUGGCAGAGCCUUUGAUCACAUUCUUUCUGCUAUAGAAGACAUUUCUGGACAAAUAGGACAUAAUUAUCUGCGAGACAAGUGGACCAAUUUUGAUAGGAAAUUCCUCAGUAAAGUACUGAUGAGAAGGUCUGCUCAAAAAUCAAGAGACCAGAUCCUUAAUGUUUUCCACGAACUCAACUUGAAGGAUGCAAUUAGCUAUGUGGCUGAGGGAGAACGCAGAGGUUCCUUGGCAUUUAUACGUUCCCCAAGUACAGACAACAUGGUAAAUGUGGAUUUCAGCACCCCACGCCCAAGUACUGUGGAAAGUUCUGUCUCUUAUUUACUGAGGGACAAAACUGGACCAGUUUGCCUUGACAUGCAAGCUUUAGAGCAGAGGAGGAAAAGUAUCCGGGAUACAGAAGACACCAUUGCUCAUCACACCCUACAGCAAUACCUGUAUAAACCCAGGCAGGAGCACAAACACCUAUACAGUCGACAUGAGAUCAUGCACAGUGAAGAUGAGAAACAGGACAAGGAGAUUUUCCACAGAACAAUGAGGAAGCGCUUAGAAUCUUUCAAGAGUACCAAACUAGGAAUAAACAAUGCCAAGAAGCUCAAUAAAAUCCACAAGCGAGACCGGGGCCAAAAAAGGCGAAACAGCAGUGCCAUACCAAAUGGAACAAUAUCUUCAGAAAAUCCAGUACAAGAUUUUACUUUGAAGGAAAAAGAUUUGGAGUUUUCUGAAUCAGAAGAAAAUAAUGAUUAUGAAACUUUGCAUCUAGGCAAAGGAGUUGAUUUCCUAGCUAAUGUGACAAAGCAAAAUUCCACAGAUACACCUACUGGAAUUGAUAACCCAGUAUUUACAGCUGAUGAUGAUCAAAGCAUCUACAUGAAGUUCUCACCAUGGUUAUCUAGUGAAGAUACUGUGGUACCAUCACAAAGGGCCCGAGUCCAGAUCCCAUAUUCUCCAAACAACUUCAGACGGCUAACUCCAUUCCGACUCAGCAAUAAAUCAAUAGAUUCCUUCCUGCUAGCAGAUGGUGCAGAGGACCAACCCAGAGCUUUUCUCCCAGAAUCAACACAUAUGUGAUAUGGACCAUGAUGUUGAAAUGACAGAAUACUCCUCUUCAGAUGACCAGCUAAACCAAAACCAAAGUGUUUCAGUGACUCCGCUCCAUUUCUUCCCAUCUUGCCUCCAAAUGCCUUGGGGACCAAACUAUUCUUCGUUGGAAAACAGAGGGAAUAUAUCUCUUUCUACUGUCUCUGAGUAUAUAGCUUCUUGUGACUCAAAUGUGCCUGACCUCUUCUGGGAAGCACAUACAGAUAUGAAUAACAAACAGACAGUAAACUCAGGAUAUUGUUCUGAAAUUAGCUACAAGUCAGAGAAUUCACAAGAAGAGAAUCCUCUGCUUAUGUUUGAAGGGCUGGAAGACUCUUUUAUGAAGGAGGCCCAAGAGAAGGGAAUGUUAAUUGAUGCACAAGGAAAUUACAGAUCUGCUGCAGCCAGGCGUGUACAAAGUCGACGUUCUUUUCACAGGCCAAAACCUCUGCAACACCCCAAGCUUCAGAAGCUAGCAUCUCUUCCAGCAUCUUGCCAUGUCCCUCCACAUUCUUUGGAACAAGAGGAAACACAGUUGUGAGCCAGGACUUACUUGAAAGAAGAUGAGAGAGAAUAACUUGAAAAAAGGGCUUCUGUAAAAAAAGAGAGCAACAUAUUGAUUCACGGGCUUUGCUCUAGAAUGGUUUCAGAUAGAAAGGGAGUGGGGUCCCAUGAUGUCAGAAACACUGGAGCUUUUCUGCUGCACUUACAUGUUUAAGUUCUUGUUUGUAAUGAAAGGGUGCACAGUGAAGGGGAAAUAUGCCUCCUUGCUAUUUUUUCAUGUGGUCUGUUACAAAAAAUCAAUAUUAUUUUCGGAGGCUAAACCAGUAACCUUUUAACAUACUAAAUCCUUGUGGUUGUUUUGUUUUGGUUGUGAUUUUGCUUGUUUGUUUGGGGUUUUUUUACAUGGAAGUGGUUUAUUAUGCCAUAAAUACAUUUAAAGAAAUAGGUUACAUUUGCUGCUUCAAUAAGGAAAUUCAAUAUUUAUGAUGACUGAAAUUAACAUAGGAGAAGCCAAUGGUUAGCCUUUUGCCUACUAAGCCUACUCUGAUUGAAAUGGAUCAGUGCCUUUCAUAAGUGCAAGCUAAAGAAAAAUAUUUUCCUGCUUUUGAAUACUUGUGUCACUGAGUAAUCAUGGGAUAUUGACACUGGAAAACUUUCCAGGGAGAAGAAAGUCCUAGCAUCUUGAAAUUUAAUCAAGGACUCCAGGAAGGCCAUUUCCUUCCUUCAUCUUCAUUUCCUCUAGUCAGCAUCACCUGAAUGAAAGAACAUCCAGAAUUAGCUCGGAAAUUUAGUUUGUGUGGUCACAAACAACUAAUUUAAUAUUCUUAAUUAAGCUGCUCUAUUUAAAUAGCCUCAUUCAGACAGAAGUAUAAAUAUUUGUAAUUUUUACUGCUGCUUUGGAAGAUAGACUAUUUUGUUAAUUUAUGUAUCACUUUCAAUAGCUGAUCAGGAUAAUGGUCUAAUAGAUGCUAUCCUAUGUCUUGCCACACUGUUUAAGUGCCACAAUGACUCAGGAUGUUGAUGGUUCAAAGUAUUGCACAGAGGUAUGUACAUGUUUGUGUUAGGAACUAGCUUUAUUUUUUUUGUCCUCAGUUUUCUGUUAAAAAAUCGUAGUUAUGAUUGCACCAGACAGCUAUUGUGCAUGAAUCUGAUCUACAUCACCCUGAGAACAGCUGGAGACAUAAAUAAAAGCCAACUCGGAUGAAGACUAAGUGAAAUUUUAGCUUGAAAUCUUCAGUGUAUAAGUUGCAAAGGUUCUUUGACAUCAAUAGAAAAUGAGUACUUAACUGUUUUUGUGAUCCUUACAUGUACCUUAUUUCUAUUUGGUAUCAGUGUAAACCAUUUGUAAAUGAGUUAAAUCACCUUCAGGGAGGUAUUUGAAUCACUUAAGACUGAAUCCAACAGAGGCUUUAUUUGGUAAAUUUUACUUUACCUAUAGGAAUUAGUGGUUGUUUCACUCUACCUACCCAGAUCUUGAAUGGAUUCUAUGUGAUUCUGUGUCAGAUGUCAAAUUUGAGAUCUACCCAGACACCCAAAAAGAGUGGAGCAAUAUGUGAAAAUUUCGUACCCCCAUGCUUUUCCUCUCUUUGUCCUUUUUGCUAAAACCACCUGUAAGGUGAGUGCAAAUUGCAGAGAUAUGACGGCAAGUAUCAUAUAUAAAAUUUGAUACAUAGUGUAGAGGUUAGACUCAGAAUAUUGGUUCUUUUGAUAUCAAUCCACGAACAGCCGCCUGUUUGCAGUCAUCCUGGGCACUGAUUCAAAUCAAUGUCCCUAAUUGGAAAGCUUCAUCACCCAGAGGUAAGUCUUGUUAAUGAGGGUCAUGAAACCUAAGGCUGUCACCAGCAGGGAUGCUAAUUUUAUGAUUCAAUAAUGUAAAUACAAUUUUUUGAAAACUGAGUACAUAUGAACACACUUUUUUGGUGAAAUAGAGCAUAUCAAUGUUGUUCCAGAUACUAUAAUUGGAGCAAGUCAUUGGCAUAGAUAUUAUAACAGACCAUGACUGAUCCCAAAUAUUAACACAGGUAAAGUGCAAUGUGCCAAAAUCUAACCUCCAGUAUCAUAGCAUAAUACUGAAGUACCAUCACCAAAGUUAGCAAUAUGCUUAUCAGGUGUUGACUUUGAAAUAAAACUUUCAUUUCUUAUUGCUGGUGUACAGAGGUCAUUGCUGUGCAGCUGGAAGAAGAGUGACACUGUGGACUGUGCUUUCUGCAUGCUUGUUGGAGCUUUCCUAAUCUGUUUGCGUACAGGCUACCUCAAGAAAACAUCUGUAAAUCAUCACCAGCAAGGUUUUGUUUGGCAUAGUUUCUCGAUUUGAAAUGCAAUUGAAAAAAAGCUUCAUGUCCCAAAUUUCUAUAUUGAGAAUAUACACUUUGCUAGAAUAUAGUGGAUUAUAAUUCCUUAUUUUUUUCCAAGGCAAUUGCUCCAAAAAACAUGUUAUAAGAGUUCAUCAUCUGUCUUUUUUUUUUUUUUCCCAUACUCUUUCUAUGUACUUUCACAUUUCAGUACAUUUCCUGUGGGUGCAAGUGUUUGGUUGCUUCUUCAGCACACUUUAUCAGUCAAACACUACUAAGCUCCAUCCCAGCAACACAGAUUUAGAGCUGCUGAGGCUGUAUGUAUCAGCUUCUUUUUUUAUCAGGUCAAUUAUAUUGGAAUGAUCAGCUGGUAAAUCAGUUCACCUCUGGUGAGGCCAGUUCCAUUCUUGCUUCCCUGGCUGAAAGCUCUGGGUUUUUUUUUUUGGUGACACACUCUGUCAAAGAAAUUAAAGUUGGGAAUUCCACAGUUGGUAUUUCUCAAAGAAGCAACCAUGGCCCACCUUAUUGUAAAAAGAUGAAAUGCAGGAAUAUUUGAUGUGUUGUCUCUGCAUUUUGCUCCAUGUAUAAGGUUCUUUUUAACAAUGUCUAUUAUGCUGCACUAUGACCUAGCAAUGUUAAAAAGUGUUGCCUGCAUUCAGACAAAUUCUGUCUCUCUGAGCUGUGAAGCUAGUUAUUGAACUAUAUGAAAUUAUGUUUUACAAAUUUAUGGUCUAGCCAGAGAUUCAUGUAAAAAAUGUUGGAAAAUAAUCAUGUGCCUUAAAUUGUUACUCUUUAGAGUGCUGUUGUUUGGAGAUUUUUUUGUGUACUUUCCAAAAGGUGUCAACUUACUGCAUAUAUUUUUAAACAAGUCAAGUUGUUCUGCUAGUGUGUCUUUAUAGAAACAUUUUAAUAGUAUGUCAUAAUGAGAAGUUUGGCAAUAAAUAGUAUCACUUUGGUGGAAUCACA